CUUAGAAACCCUGANGUCAUUUUCUCACUCUUGCAUCUCUGUGAUUCAUAUAAAAUUCUCGUUGUUGUCCCAAAACUGGCCUACAGUCACAUGAAUUUCAUGGGGCAGAUAGCUGACACAUUGGCGGAUGCUGGAAAUGAUGUGGUGAUUUUCGGAAAUAAUUUCUUCAUAUUUCUCAUUCCAAACAAAUAUAACCAAAUAUCUAUCGGUCUUCCAUAUGUGCCUUCACUUCCUUAUGUAGUGGUGAGACAUGAUAUGACGAAUACGAAAAAGAUGUUCGACCCGACCUUCUAUGAUCUCAAUGCAAUGCAAUGA